AUGAAGUUUACUAAGAAUCAGGUAUCUAAAUUAAGCAACUCCCUUGAUGGGAUCUUAACUGAGAUCACAACUUUUAAUCCCGAUUCCACACCACAAAUAAUUGCCCCAGGAGCAACCCUUGGAGUAACUGAUGCAAAUUCGACAGUUUAUUUGAAUUCAAAAGGUGUCAAGGAAAUCAACACCAAUGAUCCAGUAACCAAUGAAGAUAGUUAUGCAUUUUUUUCAUGUACUAAAUCAAUGACAGUAAUGGGUGCAUUAAUAUUGUAUGAACAAGGGAAAUUAGAUUUAGAUGCCCCUGUAUCAAAUUAUUUACCUGAAAUAGCCAACAUUGGUGUAUUAGAACCUGGCUCGGUUGAAAAAUCUACUGGUAAAUUGACAAAACCAUUGACAAAACCAACUACUCCAAUAACAGCUAAACAUUUAAUAACUCAUACUGCUGGAUUUUCUUAUGGAUUUAUCUCUCCAGAUUAUUUUGCUUUGAUUACUAAAGGAGAAAGAAUUGAUGCGAUAAACCCACCAAUGGAGUUCUUUUACAAGAAAACCCCUUUGAUCCAUGAACCAGGUACUGAUUGGGCUUAUGGUCAUAACACAGAAUGGUUAGGAUUUGUCAUUGAAAGAAUCAGUGGAAUGAAAUUAGGUGAAUUCUUAUCCAAGGUUAUAUAUGAACCUGUUGGAAUGACCAGUUGUACAUUUCAUAAAAAAGAUGCAUCAGAUUUGGUUAAGAUUCAUUUUAGAAAAAAUGACGAGACACUUGUAUUGAUGAAGAAACUUCCAUUAAAUUUGGAUCCAAUUUUAGAUUUAGGUGGACAAGGGUGUUUUGGUACUGUUGGUGAUUAUUUGAAAUUUAUUAGAGUUUGGCUCAAUUAUGGAUACUCUCCUGAUUCAAACAAGAGAAUACUUAAAGAAUCAACGGUUAAAUUCGCAAUUACAAACCACAUUCCUGAAGAAUUGGAAUUUGAAUUCAUUGGAUUGUCUCAUAAUUUAUUAGAUGAAGAUGAGUAUCCAGAUAGAAAAGCAGAUGGAUGGACAUUAACUGGUGCUGCCUAUGGACUGAAUGAUAUGCCAUCAGGAAGACCCAAGGGAACUAAUUAUUGGUCAGGUGUUGCCAAUUUAUUUUUUUGGAUUGAUUACCAGAAUGGUAUUGGAGGGUUUUAUGGUGUGCAAGUGUUACCAUUUAUGGACGAAUAUAAUGUCGAGAGUUAUAUUAAGUUUGAAACUGAAGUAUACAAGGCAUUGAAGGAGAGUAGUAUAGAACAAUCUAGUAAGUUAUAG